AUGAACGGAAUCGAACGCGGCGGCAAAGUCAAUGAAGCAGACAGCCGUCGGUUAUUGGUAGCUAAGGCGGAAUUCGAGAAUGCGCCUCGGGGUGAAUAUCUGGUUUGCGCAUCCACGCCCAGCACGAAAUCCGGCUUGGUUGGGCCUCGACCUUGAGUUACGCCCAGCCUGGAAUCGCCUGAGAAGAACAAUAGCGAAGAUCUUCGCAGCAACGUCGAUGAGGCUUAUGCCGCGGUAGUUUUCGCAUCUCGUCUUAUCCCCCUUCUUGAGGGUACAUCCCCGAGUCCCAGUCAUCAGGAGCGACCUCGCCCAUCCACGCUUGUUCAAUCGCCUCACGGAGCCAGGGAGCCAGAUUGUCGAUGCAAGACCUGUAGAUGCCGGCGGGCAUAGUAUCAUUGAAAACGGCUAAAUGACAACUGCCGUCUGUAUUUAGGAAUAUGCCGCCGGAGACUGGACACCGAGAACUCCGAUGUACGGUAGACUGCAAGUAAGCGUUCCUCAUUGGGCUAAAACUUAUGUCGGCAACGGUAUGGAGAAGGACCCCACUUUACUGUCGGUAAACUGUGGAUCGUGUCAUAUGUGAUUGCUGAUAAGGUGAAUUUUACGGAUGGGGUAGCGAACUAAACAGCAAGCUGACGAAAUGCAGGAAAACAGAAAUUGUUUGGAUUUCUCCUGACAGACUUUCGUACGACAACCGAAAUAAGCGCGGUAAUUGAAAAUAAACAAGGACUAAAUUUCAAAAAUAAGGGUUUGAGUGAUGGUUUGAAGUCAUGGGAAGUGAUUGUUAUUGGCAGUGGAAUGUCUGCAAAGGCCUACGAAUGGAUGCCAAGAUAAAAGCCUCUAUGACGUGAUCCACAGUCUACCGACAGUAAAGUGGGGUCCUUCUCCAUACCGUUGCUCUUAUAUCGAUUUAGCCUUGCGGCAUGUUUAUCCGGAGUUACAGUGGAUUAACCGUUUGAGGGCUUCAUCUCCUCUCCGUUUCAGGAUGUCCUAUGGUGUCCUUUGGGAGAUACUUAUUCCAACCGCACUUUGGCAUGCCUGUUUUCCCACCAGCUACCGAUCCCUAGUGUUGGGCCGUUGGUUCUGUAUCUGAUUCGGACAGCCGAAUUUGCCGGCUACUGCUGAAUCCCCCAUGUCCUCUUUGUUGUCUGAGGGCGAUUAGGGGGAAUGAGUGACCAACCGGACCAGUCAAUCACCAAACACUAAAUUGGCGAUAGAAACUGAGACAGCUGCACUCGUACCGUCCCCCGCCCCUUCCAAAGCGCUUGCCGUCGUAAAAUCGGCCCACCCCCUGCAGGCAGUCUCAGUUUAACGUGGGGCAAUUACCGGCCCCAUUAGGCGGAGUGUUGUUUCAAAUAGGAAAAGUAGGUUCGCGAUAUUGCGCACGAGGUGCCUCUGUUCUUCAGCACUUGGCCAGAGUGGGUGACUGACUCAACUUGCCGCUGACUCGACUAACCGGGUUUUGACAUUACUGACAAAGAUGGGGGGGGGGGAACUGGAGUGGCCACUUCUGGCCUAUUAGCCGUCACCAGCCAGUCAUACCCAGCCCUAGGUUUUCCAACCCCUGAGGUCCGACGCUAAAACAAGUGAGCCACCGUUUCGUUGCCCUGUCGAUUUCGAUCGGACAAUUAACUACGGUGGAGGGGCGCUCAUCGGUCGCGUUACGGCACAUACUCGUCCGGCUGCGUGGUCAAGGUCCAGGUCGUAACAGGACGAGGAUGUCCCGUAGCGCGAUCAGUGACAGCUCCUCGACCAUGACCGGAGCUUACUGGUUAAGAAUCUUGGGCUUAAAAAACACCGCAGCAUACUCUCAGUGGAGGUAAUAGCCUGAAGUCUGGACACGUACAUACUUUGAUUUUCGGCUGCUGCGUGAGGCAUCCUCGAAGUUUGGGCCCAUCAGCGGUCCUCAUGUGAUCUACAGUGAGACUUGAUUCAUAAGAUGUAGUUCUUUAGAUUUAAGUCCAAAUAUUAGACGAUGUUCGGAUGAACUGUUUUGAAGCUAGUUUUGAGUUCCGGCUGCGAUUUUGUAGAGUAUCUGAGCAGAAAACUGCCGAUGUCUCUGUAAUGAUAACAUCUGUACUAAGAUAUGGAUGUCAAAAAAGUCGUUGCUUCGAAGUCUACCAAGGCCGUCGGGCCUCACAGAUCGGUCUGAUGAUUUACCCAAAUCUGCCCAAAGUGAGCCAGUUACUCAUCCGGUGGACGCCAGAUUGAUUCCUUAGGAAAUUCUGCUUGGGCAGUCAGCUUACUGUAUCAGAUUUGGUGGGCUCCAAAGGUUGCAUCAGGCUGAGCGGGUAACUUGACCCAAAUGUGAUCACUCCCUACGUUCGCUUGGAGCCUCGUAGCUCAGGUGGCUGGAGUUUUGACUGAACUCGGGCCACGCCACUGCUUCCGUCCGUUCGAAUCCCGCCGAUUUUUUCUAACAAUUUAGUCUAGCGGAUUACUACAAUACUGCCAAUGAACAUCUACUGAGUAUGCACACAUACGUCGGCGCAUUUUCGACCCGAACGAGGCUGACAACAGUUGCAUAUGCGGACCCCGGACGCAUUGGGAGACUGUGAAUCAUGAAGCCGCCCCAAAGAAGACCGACUGCAAUACAAGUAGGCCGUUGAGCCCGACGCGAACGUAGUAUUCGCGAAGCACUCAGCAGAAAGAUCGUUAGACGUGUCCGGGCCCUGACCUGGGAAAUCACAGUGGUAUUACAACGGGGUGGCUGUUGUGCACCAUCUGACAGGACUCUACUCACUGUCGUCAACUGCACCCCCACCCCGAGACACUUCAUGAGAAGCAGUUCUUACACAACGCAGUUUGCAUUGCGAAGAAGGAGACACGAUCGCUGGAACAAGAGCUUUAUUAGCCUUACGUUUCGGAUUCUCACUCGAAUCCGUCAUCAGAGACGGAGUUAGAUAAGGGUGGUAAAUUGCCCCCCCCCCCGGGUGUUGAAAUCCAGUGCGUGACCGAUCUGAUGAAAUUUUGGCCGAAAUUUAGAAAUGUGUUUUCGAUUAGAAAGGAUUACUUAGGCGGAGUUGUAAUGCUGAUUAUCAAGCGGCAUACCGCUAUAGAAUUUUGGACUCGCCAGAAUGUCAACUUUUGAAUGCACUUAAUUUCGACCUCCCAUAGAAGCUACCCUCCGCAUAAAAUGACUACUUAUCUGGCAUGCAUUUUUCAUAAUGAUUUUCGAUGGCCUUAUAAAUUCAACUAUUCUUUUUAUAGAAAACACGCGCAAAAUAUGCUUUAUUUUACUUGUUUGGUAGAAAAUAACAUCGUCCUUACACUUUAUAACCGAAGAAAGAGCAUAUUUAGAUUUUGAAGUGUCUAAUUAUGGGGUUUUUAAGACUGUGAUGUUCAUACACACAGCGUCGCACAUCUCCGUUUACCAAUGCUCCUCGUGAAUCCUGCAACAUAGUCCGUAUCCAUUGCAAAAUUUUAUGAGCACGGUACCUUCUUAAAGGCAUGGAGGGAUAUAUGAUUUUUCUUGUGCGGAAAGCAUGCACCUUGUGGACUGGAAUCGCUAAAUAGUGACGAGACGAGGUUGUUCCUAAUGACUGAGGCUUAGGCAUCCUUGUACCUAUCCUCAAAAAGGGAGAUAAGACGAGAUGCGAGAACUACCGCGGCAUAAGUCUCAUCGACGUUGCUGCGAAGAUCUUCGCUAUUGUCCUACUCAGACGAUUCCAGGCUGUGCGUGACUCAAGGACGAGGCCCAACCAAGCCGGAUUUCGUGCUGGACGUGGAUGCGCAGACCAGAUAUUCACACUGAGGCGCAUUCUCGAAUUUCGCCAUAGCUACCAACAACCGACGGCCGCCUGCUUCGUUGACUUUGCCGCCGCGUUCGAUUCCGUUCACCGUGAGUCCCUGUGGCGGAUAAUGGCGCUAGAUGGUGUACCGGCAAAAAUCAUCGCCAUGAUCAAGGCCUACUAUCGUUCCACUACCGCGAGAGUCCUGGUCCGUAACAAUUUUUUCCCAACCGUUCGGUAUUCGGUCUGGCGUCCGACAGGGUUGUAUCCUGUCACCCAUACUGUUCAACUACGCUAUUGACUGGAUCCUCGGGAGGGUCCUACGCGACAGUGACGGUGUUGAAUUGGCACCCGGACAUCGACUGACUGAUCUCGACUAUGCCGAUGAUAUCGCCUUACUUGCUUCAAGUUUUGGUGAUCUGCAGUCUAUGGUGUCACGGGUGAACGAGGUCGCUAAAUCAGUCGGUUUGUCCAUAAACGCUGGGAAGACCAAAGUAUUCUCAAGCUGCAUCCCUGACCAGGAGAAGGCACCCCUGGGGAUUGAUGGCUGUCAACUUGAAGAAGUGGACAGUUUUAAAUACCUCGGGGCGCGGCUGCUGCCUAAUGGACAGAGUAAGGACGACAUUGUCUCCCGAAUCGAUGCUGCCCGCUGGGUUUUUUCAAGCCUUCGGAAAUGCCUGUGGAACCGACGUGACCUCUCCAUCGCCACUAAGAUUCGCGUGUCCCGUGCAUCUGUCCGGUCUGUCCUUCUCUACGGUUGUGAAUGCUGGGCUUUGCGCGUGGCGGAUGAGCGAAAACUGGAGGUAUUUGACCACCACUGCUUGAGGAUCAUCCUUCGAGUGAAGUUAACCAACUUCGUCUCAAAUGAGAUAGUCCGCGCUCGCUGCGAGAACAUCGCGAGGAUAACUCAGGCCAUCCAAGAAAGACGACUGAGGUGGUUCGGGCAUGUUCUUCGUCGUCCACCUCAGGAGCUCAGUGUUACUGCCCUUGAUCCGGCACCGUUGCCCCAUUGGAGGCGUCGAAGAGGGGGUCAGUUCAAAACCUGGCUCGACACUGUCCGUCAAGACAUGGAGGUGGUUCUUGGACCUUCGGUAUUCGGCCUCCGUCGUUGGCGAAGGGAAUGGGUUGAGCUGUCUAGAUCUGCUGCCGCGGAUCGUCACGCGUGGAGAGGUACAAUUCGGGACAUCAUCGAGGCCGGCUAG